AAAUGAAGUCUAAUGCUACGCUGUUAGUGUGGAUGUUUUAUGCCUUUUUAUGAUUUUUGUUUCUAUCAUUUUGAAUUUUCUGGAAGAAAAUUUUCAUGCGUUUAUGAGUAGGUUUGCAGAUUCAUGUUUGAUGAUCCUCCCCCCUGCAGCAAACCGCAUCGUGAUGCCUCGCAUGACUUGCUGUGAGGUCCUCGUUGCCAUGAAUUUUCUCUGUCUUUCAGACUGGGCACCUUGUGAUGGAGCCUCUGUUUUGCAGACCUCUGUGAUUUGUAACCAUGUCGGAGAAGAAGGCCUCUGUUCUUGAGAAAAAAGCUUCGGUUCUAGAGAAUAAGGCUUCUGUUGUAGAGAAAAAAGCUCCUGUUAUAGAGAAGAAGUCAUCUGUGGCCCGAGCUUCAGUUGCUGCUACUGCCGCUGCUGCUGCUACUGCUGCUGCCGCCGUGCUUGGCGAUGAGGAUGCUUUAAAUUUGACUCCUGAGGAAGCAUUGGCGGCAAAAGAAGCUCAAGAGAGAUUGGAGAUUAGAGCUUUACCUGUAAGGCAAUACUUGGAAGCAACAGUAGUUCCUCUGUUGCUUCAUGGGUUACAGCUGCUGGCGAUCGAGAGGAUGAUACAAAGACGGAAAAAACGGAACGGAGUCAGGUAUGAGAGAGUGUGCUACAAUCAAGACAAGCGAGGGCCUUCUGGCUCAAAAACACUACCGUGUGCUAUGUAUAAAUUAAUGGUCCCAGGGUCUCAUUGUCUGCAAUGUGGCCACGUAAAGAGCAACCGAAGAAGAUAACAUUCGUCUCUUAUCAGAAUCCUCGACAAAUGAAGCCUCGAGGAGUAAGAAGGAUACAGGAAAAGUACCUUCGCGAUCUUGCCGUUCUCAAGGAUCUCUAGCUCUUGCAUUAAUAGUCAAUAUGGCAUAGUUGCACAUAUCAACCCAACAAUUUCUGCAUUCACAAGGAAUAGAUACCAAACUUCAAGUGAACUCCGCAGGGGUAGAUGCGGCCUGUCGUUCAUAGCCUCCAAUCUGACGUGACUUCAUACGAAGUUUUGGAGCUUCCAAUGUCAAAAUGUGUUUGAUAAAUUCAUACGACGCGAAAAAAAGAGCUCCCUGAGUGACAUAUAUCACUAAACGAGGUACCAGUCCCCUGCAAGCGUGCAUGAAUUUGGUCAACAUUCUAUUUCAGAACGCAUUAGCCAUUAGCCACUAUACAAAGAUAUACAGCAACUGUAGAUUUGCUACAUCACAAGAUGCUAUGAGAAACUAAGAAUCCGCACAAUGAAGUUCAUCUCAAGGCUGAAGAUUCUGGAGAUGCAAUGAUCUAGGAUGAAACUCACCGAUAUAAUCCAGCAAUGCCUUCUGUUGUGGCAAUGCACUGAAAAGCGUGAACCACUCCAGAGUAUUGCUGAACUGACCCAGGUAUCUGUACAAUGAAUACCAAGUCAGCCUACUUUUCCAUCUUGUUGUACGCUGAAGCAAUGGCCCAACUACAGCACUAUGAUGAAUUUAAGACAAAGGAUGCACGAGGGAUUCUCUUACAUGGAAAACAUAUAAAUCUGAUUUCGUGCAACAGGGUGUUGUAAAAAUCAUUCCAGAACGAAGCUCAAUACCUGCGUCUGAAGCCGAGUUUUCACAACAUCGAAUGGAGUAGUGAAAAACGCAGCGGUCGAUCCAGCAGCACCGCCGAUGGCAAGCUGCACAAAGAAUUGAAUAUCAGCUAGAUAAACUAGUGAUCAUGCGUGAGGAUGAUAAGAAAUCAUGGAUCAUGUUAGGUUGUCAACAAUUGAUGAAUUUCUAUCAGGAGUGGAUUAUUCUUAUUUCAAUUCGAAAUCAAAAAGCCAAUUGCGCAUCCAAUGUGCAGCAGUACUUAGGCACGCAAGACUCAUCCUCUAACUUGUGAGCCGUCUCAUGUAACUAGAUAUAAACUCAGCUGCAAUAGAAAAGGGUCCACAGCUGAUCUGCUGUACCGCUUGUAGUGUGGUCAAAGGAGUGUCACGCCGUGGACCACCUUGAACCCAGUGCUUCAGACCCUCGUAUGUAUAGAACUGUGAGGCCACCACAGCAAAUGAUAUUACUCUCGAAUGCAAAGCAUCAAGCAACAAGUCGCAAACGGUGGGCCACCAAAGAUCAGCUCUACAUUAGCAUAAAUAAAUUAUACGACUUCGUCCCUGGUUGUAGAGCAAUUUGUCUACCAAAACAAACUCGAAUUCACCAGAUUAGGUUGAAUCUCUUAGUUCAAAUCAAUGUGACUAGCGUGGAAAAUACAUGAUAAAGUCGACAACUAUGAGAUACAUACCUUAAUUACAGAUUGUGGUACAUUUCGAAAAAGUACCGCUCCCCAA